AUGUUCAAGAAAGACAUCUCCCCCGGAUCCAAAUCCAAAGUCAAGUCCUCCGUCCAACGCGCCAUCAGAAAUCAACUCGUAACCACCUACCCCUUACUGGCACCUCACAUCGAUGAAAUCAUACCCAAGAAGGAGCAGCUCGAUGCUAUGAAAAUGAUUCUCAAAAACAGCCCAGACAGAGUAACGCUCUACCUCAUCGGCUCCACCCCCCUCUUCUACCAACACAUGACAGACGCCCUCCUCCCGCACCUCAGACUCGUGCACCGCUUCCCAGCCGCCUUCCCCAGCAUCCGCAUCGAUCGCGGCGCAAUCCGCUUCGUGCUGUCGGGCGCCACGCUCAUGGCGCCGGGGCUGACAAGCACUGGGGGUCGGUUACCGAGCGGGGAUCCAGAGGAGACGGGCGCUUAUGGGGAGAGUGUGAAAGGGGCU